AGGUCUCGGGCCCUCAGGCGGAGCGGCGGGCGCCGGACCCCCAGGUGGAGCGACAGGUCUCGGGCCCUCAGGCGGAGCGGCGGGCGCCGGACCCCCAGGCGGAGCGACAGGUCUCGGGCCCUCAGGCGGAGCGGCGGCGCCGGACCCCCAGGCGGAGCGACAGGUCUCGGGCCCUCAGGCGGAGCGGCGGGCGCCGGACUCCCAGGCAGAGCGACAGGUCUCGGGCCCUCAGACGGGGCGGGCGGGCGCCGAACCCCCAGGCAGAGCGACAGGCCUCGGGCCCUCAGGCGGAGCGGCGGGCGCUGGACCCCCAGGCGGAGCGACAGGCGGGGCGGCGGGCGCGGGACCCCCAGGCGGAGCGACAGCUCUGGGGCCCCCAGGCGAAGCGGCGGGCACCGAGUCACCAGGCACGACAGUGGGCUCCGAGUCAACUGGCAUGACCGCUGGCACUGGGUCAGACAUUGGAUCGUCUGGCUGGACAGCGGGCAUCGGGUCACCAGGCAUCAGGUCAUUUGGCUCGAC